AUGAAGGCCAACCUACUUUUCGUAGCCCUCGCUAUCCGAUAUGCCGCACUUGCAGCCACAAACUGGGACAUCUACGAAUACGGAAUAGUGGACACCUUCAGAUGGUCUCGCCCGUUUCCCGACGACGGCACCGACCCGGGUGGGCUUCUCGUGAACUGUCGAGCCGAGGGCACCUUUCAUGCCAUGAUGUACAAACUCAGCGAUCUCUUAGCAGAACCACCGGAGGGGUUAACUCCGUGGCAUAAUGCCAUUGAGGGCUUUCUCGGUCGUCGGUCUUACAUGGGCAGUUGGGAUGGGGUUGACCAUAAGGGACACGACCGUGAGAUCGUGGUGAUGGAGUAUGCUGAUGUGCCGGGACCUGCUAGGGAUUGGAUAGAGAACCAGCAGCGAGAUACCAGCAAGACAGACAACGACAAGUGGAUGUUUGCGGUAUUCAGAAAACCCCAGAACCAGACCGAUAAAGUAACUGGAACCAUGAAGCCUGCCCCAACAAGAGAGGCAGCGGAUGCUCAUGAGGCCUCGCCGAUUUCCGCCAAGAACAAGUUCGUGGUGUUUCCAGCUGGUGCGAUAUACGAAAUAUUGCCUCUUCGGGUUUCUAAAGGCGGCAAAUGCGAGCGCGAACUGAACAAUCUCUUCAAGUACAAAACUCAAGCCAUUGACCACUCGGUCAUAGCAUGGGUUACGAGCCACACAAAGCCCAGGCGGGACCUCGGCAAUCGAGACAUUACAUUUAAGAUCGAGGCAAUGGCCGUCACCGAGACAGAAGAGGGGAAACACACGCGAUUGAUGUGGGAGAAGAUGCAUCGAACCAUCAGGAGAAACGAAAGGAGGAUCCAAAGAGGAGAGCGUCAAAAAGUAAGAGAGGAGUUGAACGAGGCAAGAUUCAAGGACGAGCUUUGA